AGCUUCGUCCUAUAAGGAGCCAAGGCAGAGGUACACUGUAAGCUGCUGCCAUUUAAUGCAUGAGAUGCUAGAAAGAAGAGACAGUGAAUCUCCUCAGGUGUCAACUGCGGCUUUCCCUUUCUCGAUCUUGACAGUAGAAAACAUGGCAUCUCAGUUGGAAAAUGCAAUGGAGACCCUUAUCAAAGUGUUCCACGCAUAUUCGUCCAAGGAAGGGGACAAAUACAAACUGAGUAAAGCUGAGCUGAAGAGUCUUCUCCAAGGAGAACUAAGUGUUUUCUUGGCUGCAAGCAAAGAUCCACUGGUUGUGGAGAAGAUAAUAAAUGAUCUUGAUCAGAACCGAGAUGGAGAGGUGGACUUCCACGAAUUUGUAAUUCUGGUGGCAGCACUUACUGUGGCAUGCAAUGAUUUCUUUGUUGAGUGUAUGAAAAACUGAUGCCUGAUCAGGUCAUGUGGACUUUCUCUCCUGCACAGAAACAUAUGUGAUGU